GAUAACUUUGGUUUUAUUAGGGGAAUCACCAGGUCACAAUUAGUUUGUUUGUUAUUUGGUUUUAAAAAGCUUGUAUUGUUGAAUAAAAUGGAUGCAAGUAAAGAACAUCCACUGGCGUUACGAGUUAUGAGAUUAACAAAGCCAUCAAUUAUAACAUCUGUUCCUGUACUUAAUGACAAAAGUGAUGUUUUAUCGUUAAACCUGGGAUAUUCUUCAAAGAACUUGACUUCAUAUGGAACUGGUGAAACAUUAAUUCUACCACACAGUUUCGGGAACAUAUUUCUUGGUGAAACCUUCGUCAGUUAUCUAAGUGUCAAUAAUGAAAGUGGAACAGAUGUUCUUAAUGUCAGUUUAAUGGCUGAUCUACAAACUGGCUCUCAACGAAUAACUCUUUCGAAUAAAACUCCAAAAGAAAGUCUUAAACCCGGUAACUCGUUAGAUGAAGUUAUCAACCACGAAGUGAAAGAACUUGGAACUCAUAUAUUGGUGUGCACUGUAAGUUACAGUAGAAGGGAUGGGGAACCAAAAAAUUUUCGAAAGUUUUUUAAAUUUCAAGUUCUGAAACCUUUAGAUGUGAAAACCAAGUUUUACAACAUUGAGUGUGACCAAGUAUAUCUUGAAACUCAAAUACAAAACAUAACACCAAACCCAAUAUGUAUGGAGAAAGUUAAUUUGGAUCCGGCAGCGUUAUAUACAGCACAGUCGUUGAACACAAUAUCUUCAAAUCAUGGAGAAUUCAGUUGUCAGUCUUACAUGAAACCAUCUGAAGUGCGCCAAUAUUUAUACUGGUUGAAGUUAAAACCAUCAUGUGCUAAAAAAGCAUUCACUGAAGCAGCUGGUGUGAUAGGUAAACUUGAUAUUGUGUGGAAAUCAAGCCUUGGUGAAAGAGGAAGGCUACAAACAAGUCAACUACAGAGAGCAAUUCUUGGACAGCGUGAUAUUCUUGUUCAAGUUAACCAAGUUCCAGAGAAUCUAAAAGUCCUUCAACCUUUUGAAAUUUCAUGCAAAGUUACAAAUUACAGCGAGCAUGCUAAACAAUUGAUGGUGCAAUAUGAGAACAGGACCAACUUACUAUGGCAGAAUGUAUCUGGUUAUACAUUGAACAAACUUCCAGCUAAGGAAUCUUGUUUCAUUACCAUGUCCUUGCUUCCUACAUCUGUUGGAAUUCAAUCUGUGUCAGGAAUGAAAGUAAUAGACAUGGAGUUGAAUCGAACUUAUGAUUUUGAUGACAUUCACCAAGUUCUGGUUACUACGUGAUGGAAAGAAUUUUAAUCAAACUUUUAUUUAUAUAUUAACUAACAUUAACAUGGGACACCUGGCAUAAACCUAUAUUUUAUGAACAGUUUUAUUUGCUAUGUGCAAUAUCUGAAUAAUUGGUUGUCCUUUAUUGAAAGAUGUAGUACUGUGCCAUCACUGGCCUACAUCAUAUUUCCUGGUGUGCCAAACAGUAGGACUUCACUUAAAAUAAAUGAAAGACAUUGUAACUUGGUGCUGUAACUUUACCCCAAUGCAUGGUUAUAUGAAUACAGUAGCAGAUAAAUUCUGACCAUUUUACUAAAAGUUUUUUGAAAUACAGAAUUGCUUUAAAAAAAAAAACAGUUGCAGAAUCUAUAUAUAAAAUUUUAACUGUUUAAUAAAGACGAAAGUUAUUGUAUGUGUAA